CUGAGUACACACGUGUUCUGAUUCACUCGUUAUUUUUGUUGAACUUCGCGAUGUCAAUUGUGCGGCAAACGCUUCUUAUGGGGGACGAUGAAAAGGAAGGGAAUAAGUCGUACAGGAAUGUAUUUUCCACCCGCUAUACCACCACCAUGGGGAUUGCAUUUGGGAGACAAACCACUAAGUUUGAUAUUCCAAUUCACGAUCAUCGAGCCAUGCUGGACAGCAAUGUAAAACGUCACGAAGACGACGCGCGUUUUGUUGAAGAGUUUGAUGACAAUGAGGACGCUAGGUUUUUCAAGUAUAAGCCGCUGUUUGACGAUUUAGAUAUUUGUCCCAAGGAUCCCAGCUAUUCCAAAUUUAAGUGUCCCAUGGAAAUUGACUGCAAGGAGCGAUUGAAGAAAGAUACAGUCAGAUAUAAUAACCAGCUUAUGAAUGAAAUCUCAAAACUGAUUGAUUACCAAAAGAACGCUCUGGAAGCCGCGUAUUUCGUUAAGGUGAUGUCAUACACUACUCUGUGGCCACCUUAUCAUAGUAAUCUGGAAAUAGCCAACACAAGCCGCACUUUUUACCGACUGUCAAAGAAGGAACAGACCCGGUACAACUUUAUUAUGUCCCAUGAUUUCUCCUAAAAACUUUUAAGAAGAUUUAUUUAUCAAAUGAAACAUUCUGGAGAAAUUACGAAUGAAUACCGAUAUAUAUCGAUAAAGGCUAAAUUAUUUAUGACAAUUAUGCGUAGCCGAACUGAAAGAUAAAAUAAAUAACAAG